CCUGCAGCUAUGAAUGCUCUGCGGUCCCACCCUGUGUGAAGGAAACUGCUCUUGGCUGUGCACUUUUCUCUGGAGCAACGUGAAGACAGGCUUUUGGCCUUAAGGACACAAAGGAGCUGCCCCGCUUUGGUCGCAGAUCCCACUUACCUGGGACUAACCCCGCUUUGAUCGUGGAUCCCACUUAUUGGGACUAACCCCGCUUUGGUCGCGGAUCCCACUUACCUGGGACUAACCGGUGCACCACCCCUGACUGCUGAAAGUUCUGGUUCCCGGGUUUCGGCACCACUUGUCGCGACCCCUUGCCCGCAAGGAAGACGCAACUCAGGAAUCUUCUUUCAGCAGUUUAUUCAGGCCCUUGAUAUUUCUUCUUCUCCCCUCAGAUGCCCCUCCCAGCCUUAAUAAAGCAUCUCAAGCCCCAAUGCGAAGCUGCCACGUGGAGCUUUCUCAUAGGGUGGUGAAAAACCAUGCGCCAACUCUCCCAAAUAAGGAGUUGUUUGUCACAGACCACAGCGGAGCCAGCGCCAUCUUGUAAUGGCGACCAUAGUCUGCAGAAACGGCAGAAGCGGCUCACCACAGUGAAGGAUGGUAUCCUAAAACUUCCUCUGGGACAUCUGGUUUGAUUGAUAGCUCUGUGCCAAACUCUUAGACUCUUGAAAGAGUUCGUUGUGUACCAGAUUACUCUGAUAUUUUGAUAUUUUUGAGGUUUUAGCAAAAUAUUGUCAUAUCAUACCUGUUACAAAAAUCUCAGUUCUUGAUCCUGAUGCCAAUCCAACUAGAGAAGUCAUGGUUUUGAGACAAAUGAUAAAGAAUAUUUUUGCCUUCUCUUUUCAAUAUUGCCAGAUUUCCUGCUUUACAGUUUAUAUUAACAGACCAGAAAGUUAAUACUUACAAAUAUUCACAGAUUGGAUCAUAGGAAUAAGAAUAAUAUUCAUUGUUGCUAUUCCUGACAUAUUUCUAGUCAGACAAAUUUCUCUGUAAAUAUAAGGAAAGAGGAAAUCUCCAUUUUUCUAAGAAUCUAUAUCUAGAGAUUUUUCUUUAAGACAUACAUUUUUAAUACAACACUGUGAUUUUAUUAUACAGCAUAAAAAUCAGGCCUUAUUAAUGCUUAUAAUUUACUAGUAAAAAUGAAGUAAAAGUUUGAGCAGAAUUAUUUUAUAAUGAUAAUAGAGUAAGUGUUCAUGAAAUAUUUUCUAUAUUUCCUAUGUAGCGCAGGAAGAAAGUUGGUUUUUAGAAGGGGCCUAGAAAGAAAUUAUUCCUCCAUAGCUGAUUAUUAACUUCAGGAAAAAUCUGAGAGAACCUCAGAGAGGUUCUGCAAGAGAGGAGUCAUCACAGCUAUCAUUCCCUCUCUGAUCCACAGUUCUAAAUGUCUUUUAGUCCAAGCUGGGGAUGGCUUCUUGAAUCAUUGGUCAUUGUUCUUCUCCUAGAAAAAAAAAUGUGUAGACAAAUUCUCUUAAUUUAUUCAGAAUACAAAUAGAAUUCUUUCAAAGGAACUUCAACUAGAAAACAGGGAAUGAGUAGCUUACUAAACUACUGAUGUAAACAAUAGUACAGAUAAAUUUCCAAAUAAUAACAUUGAAUAAAAGACAAAAGGAAAAAAAGAAAACGGGGAAUGAAGAGACAGAAAAGUUUACAGAGCACAUUCUAUGAUUCUUGAACAGGCCCAAUCUUGGCCAGAAACUGUUUUCUGUCCUCCAAACUGAAAGCUGAAUAAUCUAUGAUCUCUGAGAUCACAAUCAAUGGUCUAAGGGAAGCAGACAAGACCAUGAAAAUUACAAUCCAUGGUGUGUAGCAGAUGUUUAACAACUCUCAGAAGAGGAAAACUCCUGGUUUGGAAUUUUGUCAUUUGUGGGGAUCAAACCCAGGGCAUGCUAGCCAUGGACACAAGCAAGCAGAUCCCUGAUGAGCCUCUCCUCAGAAGCAAAAGGAGGCAAGAUCUUCCAGAGAUGCUCAGAGAAGUGGGACUGGGAGUUGAGUACUGGUUGAUCAAGCUGAAGGAAGUCCUGGGUGUGACCUGUGCCCAGUCAUUACAAUAUUUAAAAAGAAAAGACCUCCAGAAGCUGAAAUCCCAGAUACAAUAUCCAUGGGAGAAAAGGGCCCUGGAGAAGCUGCUUGACCUGUCCCACUCAAAUAGUCUUGCAGAGUUACAGGAGUCACCAGUGGAGAGGAAAAAGGAGAAGCAGGCAGAACAAGCAGUGAAAGAGCUGAGGAACUUGCUGUCAGAAGGGAGACAGAGACAGGAAGAGGCAGUGAAGAGAAAGGAAGCAGAGCUGAGGCAAGCCAUGGAGAUCCCUGAAGAGAACAGGCUGAAGCCUCCAAAGCCCCUCAGGGAAGUCAUGGAAAUCAUGAGGAGAACAUUCAGUCCCACGGAGCAGACGCCAUCCCACAGGCCAAACCUCCCAGACAGAGAUCUGGUAAGAUGGGCAUCUGGAGGGCUGGCCCUGCAGGGAAUAUACAAAACCUGCCACCACAUGGACCUGAUACAGAGGAGAGAGGAGCUACUCAGUGUCCCCAAGGAGUUCUCACUCCUUGGACCUCAGCAGGGCACAUUGAUGAAAUCUGAAGAAUUUACAUCUUCUCAAGCAGAAGUCAUGUUCACCCAGUCUAUGGAGAAUUUAGGCUUCAGUUUAACUACUUCAGCCAAGGGUGGAGGUUGGGGAUUUAGUUUAGAAACUGAACUGGAUAAAGGCAAACAUUCAGAAUCUAAGGAAACCCACCUAACAAAUUCGGAGUGCUCUUAUUUCUGCUCAACCAAGUUCAGAUACACUCCCAUGGCAGCCUGCCACUUCCCCAUUGAUCAACUCCAGUUGUCCAAUGCUGCUCUUCAGGAAUUGAAAUGCCUUGAAGACCUUCUGGAUCAGACUACAGACCCUCAGGAAUCCCAGGUGCUGAAACAGUGGAGUGAAAGAUUCUUCCACAGGUUUGGCUCUCAUGCUAACCAAGGCCCUCUGCACCUGGGAGGAAUCUACUGGUGGAAGGCUGUCUCAAAGGGGUUCCAAAGUGAUCAGCUUGUUGAUAUAAAGCAGCAGGCAAUAGAAACCCUGAAUAUUUACAUAAGUUGUGGCUACAGUGGCUUUGGAGCGAAUGUUGCUGCAGGUAUAAAUGUGUCAGACUCACAGUCAAAAGCAGAUACUCAGAACAAAACUUUCCAAAAUCUCCAAACCAAAUUCCAAUUAUCUGUAUCCAAGACAGGUGGACCACCAGAAGCAGAUGACCUUGCUCAAUGGAAAGCUGGCCUUGUUGCCAGCAAUCAAACCUGGUGUGUCAUUGAUCGGGGAAUUCAACUGGUACCCAUUUGGGACAUCAUCCUCUCCAGAUACAGAAGUGAUUUUACGGAUCCCCUUAAGAUGGCUAACUGCCUGAGAGACAAUUACACUUCUCUGACUGGUUUCUCCGCACAGAUCCAAGAGGGAGAGGAGUUACUGAAAAUUAGGCAAGAGGUUAGAGUUUUUCUAGAUGGUGUGAAGUCCUGGUUGGUGUCUGAUCCUGAAAAACAACUUCAAAAAAUGAUAGAUUUCAUGCAAAUAUUGAGUCAAAAAACAAAAGGUGAUGAUACUUGGAUUAAUCUAUGCCUCACAGAUAAAGAUCUGCAGACCUUUUUAGUCAAUACUGUCAACUUUUGCAAAAUGUCUUUCAAUUAUAAAACAAAAUGUAUUAAAAUGCUGUUGGGUAUUCUUCUUGAUCCUCACAUCUACAAAGUGGAAAACUUUCCUCAGAAUCACUCCAUUAUGCACUGGAUCAACCAGCCAGAGUCAGAAGAAGAACUUGUCAAAUGCUUCCAAUUUUCUGAAUUUAUUAAUAUUAUAAAAGAUACCCAAAAUGAAGUCUUGGAAGUAAAGGUAAAAUCUGAGUCUCCAGAAUCAGUUGAAAAAGUUCAAAGAAAGGCCACAUAUAAGGUCAGCUUGGCUCUCAACAGCUUCUUAAAUCACCUCCAAGCAACAGAGCAGACAGACACACAGCUCUUGUUACUUUCCAUUGCAGCUGGUGCAGGAUAUCAGGUGAUAAGUAAUAAUUUUCAACAUCUUUUGAGCCAUGAUGAGUUAAACUUCCUUCUGGAUAAAAUGCAAACUGCCUACAAUAAAUACCAGCAGCUGAAAACCACUUCUAGCUCCAGGGCACAUGCAUUUCUGGUGUUCACAAGUCUGACAGCCACAGCUGGUGUCACAGUUAUUUCACCAGAAGAGAAGACAAAACGCAUGGAAUUUAUAACAAAACAUAUGGAACAAUUAUUUUCUGAAGAAGUUGUGCAUGUCCUCACUAAAUGUGGGGGAGAUCAUGAUUGGGAAAACUUAGAAAGAGACUUGAGUCUACUCAUUGAUGGAGAUUAUGAAGCUACCAUCUCUUCUGUGAAAAUGGAUGAGGUCAAAAGAGAGCUACAAAGUCUUCUUGAUGAAAAGAAACAGCCCUGCGAACCAGAAACUAAUACAAAUAACACACAUGAAAUAAUAGAAAAUGGAGCUUUCCUGGACUUACUCCAGCGUCUUGGCCUAGAACAUUACUACCCAAAAAGGAUGAGUAGAGCUGACUUCCAUCUGAUCUACAAGCCUUCUGUGUGCAACACUCAGCCCAAAUCUGAACAGGAACUUCCCUUUUAUUUCCUUCAGAAGCUACUGAUGCAGGAUUAUAGAUUGAGAUACCAGGUUUUCAAAGAGGAUGGAAACAUAGAACAUCAGGUCUCUCCAAGUAUUUCUAAUCAGGAAAAUGAAGCUAGUAAUCCAUAUGAAGACUUUUUUGAAGAUGAUGAUAAUCCCACUAAUACUUUGAUCAUUGAUUCCAAGCCCCACAUUCACCCCAUGGAUAUUCAGAUGGCCAUCUUUCACUGUGCAGAUGAUUUUGCCAGACAAUACAUUUUAACCAAACUUUUCAUUUGUCAAUUUGCCCUGCCCCUCCUGGUGCCAAAUCCCUGCACUUCUCAAAUUGAAUUUUCUGUCUGGUCUCUCAGACAAAUUAGGCGAAGUUGGCAGCAAGCAAGGGAAUCACCACAAGGGAAGAUUAGUCACCAAAGUCAGCAGAUGUGUCGUGUCUCCACUCCCUUUGUGUCCUUCAUUAGAGUUGGCAGUGGCCUGUCAGCUUCCAAAUCUGAGAUCAUGAACUGUCUUCUCAGUGAAUGCAAACAUGAUGUGUUUUUCCACCGAUACUGCAGAGAAAGCAGCAAGAACUGCCUUUUGAUGGGGGGUGUGGUGGAAAUCUGCUGGUUCUGCCCUGGUGGGGAAGAGGAAGACAGGUUUGACAACUGUGUGACCUUCACCAAUCUUCAUGGAGAUGCAAAGGAACAUAAAAGGCAGCUCACUUUUCUGCAGGAGGUCUCUUCAAUCAUUGUGGUCCUCAUGUCAGCUUCUAAUGACAAUGAAGAAAGCCGAGCAGUUGUUAAUGACUUGUGGCAGUCCUCAAAAUCAUUGAUCUGCUUGCUUGAUGACAAAGAAAAAUCCAAGUCCAAUUAUUCUGAUAGAAAGGUGAAAAUUGGUAUGAAGAGCAAAAAUGGUGCAGAAUUGACAGAGGAACUCACAACUGCCAUCAGACAUUUGCUAAAGUUCUCUGACACUGCUCUCAGCAUAGAGGACUGUUGUCAUAUUGCUUACCAGAAAGGAUUUUUUAUUGAUGAAGACCAGAGUGAUUUCAAGGAAGUCAAGAAAAAGGCACAAAUUAUAAGGUCUCUCCUAGAACAAACGGAGUUGACUCAAGUGAAGGAAAAUUUCCUUCCCCUUCAGGGACAACUGUGGCAUCUUUGGUGUAAGAAGGACAAAGAAAUGUAUCACCUAAGAGAAAAGGGGAAUCGAAGCAUUGAACAACACAAGAGUGAGAUUGAGACAGAUAAACAAAGAAUAAGGCAACAACAAUUGGAAAAAGCUUUUCCUCUAAAAGAUGUAAUGAAAUUUGUGCUUCAAAUUCUCUACAAGUAUUCAGAAACUCACACUUUACUCUACUUCUUACAACGGAUGAGUAUGUUUUUGGAUAUCCUGACUGCAGAGCAUUUGAAAAACCUGAAUGAAACAUUAAGUAAUUUGUUUUCAAAAAUACAAACAGAAAAGCGAAAAUCCCAAAACAGCAACUCUUUGAAACUCUUGCAACAUCAAAUAGAAUCCAUCUCUACCAAGAUUAUUAAUUGUACCUUAGGAAUUGAGCAGUUUCUCAGAGAAAUUGGCCAGAUCUAUGAAGCUCUGGAAGAAACUUCUUCCACAAGAGAUAUACUUUUUCUCUUCCUUCCCCAAAUUGCUGCAGACCUGAUGACAUCUGGUGUCCCCAUAGAGCUGAUUGAUGGGGAUACUUCCUAUGUGCCCCUAAAGUGGGUGGCAGCUGUUUUUGACAAGCUCUCUGAGAAACUGGGAGACAAACGGCUCUUUGUUCUCUCUGUCCUUGGCCUGCAGAGCUCUGGAAAGUCCACCCUACUGAAUGCUCUUUUUGGGCUACAGUUCAGUGUAAGUGCAGGCAGGUGUACCAGGGGGGCCUACAUGCAGCUCCUAAAGGUGGAUGAGUCAUCAACAGAGGAACUUGGCUUUGACUUUGUGCUGGUUGUAGACACAGAAGGACUUUGGGCCCCAGAACUCAGCAACAAAUCCCAGAAUUGGGACAAUGAGUUAGCCACCUUUGUCAUUGGACUUGCAAACUUGACCCUGAUCAAUAUAUUCGGGGAGAAUCCAUCAGAAAUGCAAGACAUCCUACAGAUAGCUGUCCAAGCCUUUCUGAGGAUGAAACAAGUGAAAAUCUCCCCAACUUGCAUAUUUGUGCAUCAGAAUGUAGGAGAAGUGACAGCUAAAGACCAAACUAUGGAUGGACGAAGGCAAUUAGAGCAGAGGCUAGAUGAAAUGGCAGCACUGGCUGCUAAACAAGAAGAGUGCUCAGAUGUAACCUGCUUCAAUGACGUCAUCAAGUUUGAUGUCAAUACUCACGUGUACUACUUUGCUCACCUCUGGGAGGGCAAUCCCCCCAUGGCCCCUCCCAAUCCUCGCUAUAGCCACAAUGUCCAAGAACUGAAAAGUAGAAUCCUUUUGACCGCCAAACAGGAAUCCAGAGGAAGUAUCAUGAGGAUAUCAGAUGUAAAAUUCAGAGUUCAAGAUUUGUGGAGGGCCCUAGUAAAUGAGAACUUCAUUUUCAGUUUUAGGAACACCCGAGAGGUCAUGGCCAUGAGCAAACUGGAAACCAUGUAUAACCACUGGACCUGGGAACUCAGGAGUCAUAUGUUGGACUUGCAGAACCAGCUUCACAAUCAGAUUCAGAAUAGAAAAAUUCUGACACUUAAAGCAAGCAUGAUUGAGGAUCCAGUUGUAAAGAAAUAUGAAACCAUCAAGCAAGAAUUUGAAAAAUAUUUCACUGAAGACACAGAGAGCUAUAUACUCAUCCAAUGGAAAGCCCAUUUUGAAUAUAGGCUGCUAGUCCUUAAAGAGUCACUUAUUUCAGACACUAAAAGAAAAGCCAAUGAACUUAUUCAUCUCAAAGAAAGUCAAGAACUACUGGAACAGAAAAAGAAGGUAUAUCAAAAUGAAUUACUGGAUAGGAGCCAAAAAUUGGCUUUAAGUUUAAACGGUGAAAAAUUGAGUGAUGAAGAUUUACGUGAGAAAUUCAACCAAAUUUGGGGAAAAUGGGUCUGUGAAGUGUCCUCAAAUGUCUCUCAAGCCAUAGAACCUAACAUUGAUGUGGAUGCUGAAAACAUCCUUUUAGAUCAUUUCAAAAAGGAGAAAAACAUAGUAGAAAAAAUAAAGAGAAAUACUAGAGAGGAUUUUCAAAUAGAUUUUGUAAAACAUGUCAAGAUUUGUCCAGAAUAUUGCACUUUCUCAAAGAAUUUAGAGGCCUGUGAUAAAGUGCCCAUUAAUAUGACUACUGAACGCAUUUUUUCAAGAUUUGAUGAAUCUAUUAACAGCAUUUGGAGUCACCAACGUGAUUAUGAUCAAAGUGACUUCCAUGAAAUCCUGAGAGUAGUAGAAAAUGAAGUGAAUUCUGCACUCACUAAGGACAGAUAUAUAUUUACCGGUGAAUACAAAAUUGAAUUAUGUUGGUGUUUAUUUUGUAGAGCAUCAAAACAUUUUAAGGAAAUGCACAGAGCAUUCAAAAUAGCAAAUGAUCCUGUAAGGUAUCUAGAAAACAAGAAAGAUGAUUUUUUCAUGAGUUUCAAGAUCUUCUGCCAAGGUGCAACCUCCAUCACGUCUUUUGUUGAUUUUCUAUGGCAGAAGCUCACUCCUGCUGUCUCUGACACCAUAUGGGGGAAUAUGUCCCUGAAAAUAACUGGGGACAUACAAGCUACCUGCCCUGCAUUCAGUGGAAACAGGGCUAACCUGGAGAAACACAUUCUCAUCUCUCUAGCAGAAGAAGAAAAUUUUGAUAGUUAUUGGCAAUACAUUCAUAAUCCAGAAUCAUUUUUUAGGACUUACAUUAGAAACAAAACCACAAAGUACUUUUCAGUCAACAGAGGUAAAAAUAUAAAGACAUUUUUAAAAACAAGUUUGGAGGACAUCAAGUCUGCCAUCCUGUCUGCCAUUCAUGAAUCCACAGCAGUAGCUAAAAAUAAAAGCAGCACUGCAUCUGAGUGGCUGGAUUUAUUCUGUGACUAUCUGGGGAACAAGCUGAUCUUCCCUCGAAGAGACUUGAUAAGCAUUGAGCACCAGGAAAUAAAAGAUAUGGAGUUUCUCAAAGAAGCCAUGAGUGCAGCUUUGGAUCCUGCAAUGAAAAAAGUAGAAGAAAUUUUUUCAAGUAGGAAUAUAGAUGAAAUGGUUCCUGAAAUUGAGAAAACCCUCUCUGAACAUCUCUGUGGUUGCUGGAAACAGUGCCCGUUCUGUAAAGCAAUUUGUACAAACACAAUUCCUGAACAUGAUGGAGACCACAGAGUUUCAUUUCAUCGUCCUCAGGCUAUCAAUGGAUGGCAUAAAUAUAAAUCAGAGCACUUUGUCAUUGAUUGUUGUACUAGUUUAGUAGCAAGUGAUUCUUCAUUUAUUUUGAGAGAUGAUCAGAUAUUUUUAUAUAAGAAAUAUCGGCAGGCAGGAGGGGAUUUUGCCACAUGGAGCAUCACCCCAGAUUCAUCCACCCAACCAUACUGGAAAUGGUUUGUCUCUCACUUCAGAUCAAAGCUAGAAGAAAAUUAUGAGAAAAAAUUUACUAACCUUGGUAAAAUCCCUGAUGAAUGGGCAAAAAUCACAAAGCAGGAUGUGCUCAAUGAUUUGAAUAAACAAUAAUCCUCAAUGACCACAUAAGAUCCUUAGUAUCUGAACAAUGUCACAGUAUAUAUCAACCUUAAAACACAUCCUCCUUACAACUAGAACUUUAAAUAUUCCACUUUGUGAAUGAAAUGUGUAAAAAGAGAUCCUUUAUCACUUCAAGAUUUAAGAGUUCCUGAAAAAGUAUUUAAUAUCUCUCUUCCUCAAUUCUGUCUGGAUUAGAAAGAAAUUACUAAAAUAGGACCAUAUGACAAAAUCAAAUAAACUGUAUAGAAUAUCUACUUCCUAAUUUGAAGUAUUUUUCUGAGUACUCUUUAAAGAUAAAUAAUACCUCCGAGAAAGUCAUCUUCAUACAGGAAAUUUAGAGUCAUUGCAUGAUGCUCAAAGUCCUGUAGAGUGACUGCAUCACGCAGUUGAACAAAUAUACAGAUCUUGAAACUUUCUCUCCUUUCAUGAAUGUUUUCAACCUUUCAACUCAUGAAGAAAAUUUACUCACCCUUAAAUACAAAAUCAUCUAUGAAAAUUUUGUGAUUCCCACAUAAAAUGUUAUUUAAACAUAUUUUAUUCUAGCAAAGGACAAACCAGAGAAUUGACCAGGAUAGAGUCUUCAUCAACUCAGGAAACCUUAUCAAGUAAAUAUUGGAAAUAGAAAUCAAAUAACUGUUUCCUUCAUUUAAUCAACACUUGUUGGAAUAACUUUCAGUUUGCUGCUAGCUGCUACGAGCAGCUCAGAGAGCUAGGAAAACCCUUGUUUGUACAGACCUGACAAUAACACCUGUAGGACAGGGUGCUCUGCUCUGGCGAGCCAUCAGUGAAACCACAAUCUCAGUGCUUGAGGUCAGCAUUGCCAAGCUACAAGGCCAGAAACUGAGAGUUAGGUGCUUCAUGGCAUGAAAUCCCCAACUCAUAAGGCCCCCUCCCCUAGGAACAAUGAUCUUCCAGUCUGCCUUCCACCACAUAGCAAUAUUUAGAGCUUCCUCAUAGUGUGGCUACAUUAAUCAUAAGAUGAUUGGUUUCUAGAUGUUGUAUAACCUGCUUGCUUAUGUAUGAUUGGAAGAUGCAUUCUAUAUCAAGUGUAAUCACUUCUGCAUUAAACAAGCUUUCCUGGAGUCGACUGUGGUUGUCACCUGUCAGCUCUCACCAGCUCCUGGUGUCUGUGUGUUGACUCCGUGUCUCUAACCCUGCGACUGAAGUAGCCGAGUGACCAAUUGACCACAUCAGUCACCGACAGCCAGGCCUCGGAAACCGAGCCAAAAGGAGAAGAAGAGAUCAACAUGACUCCCCACUGGACAGCACACAAGAUAACCUGAGUUUAUAUCAAAGCCCUAUCAGAUCAAGCUCAGACCAUGUCACCUGCCGGAGACCAGAACACUUCUUGCUUAUGUGUGCAAUUAUAACUUGCAACUCACAGGUAAGUGCACAACAGGUAAGUAUGAAAGAAGAAAGGCCUCUGCCUAACAGCCUAAUAACUCAAGGCCCCAUGCUGGCCUGUCAGAGCAAAAUGAACGUACUUCAAAGCAUGGCCCGUGUGGGAAGAAUUACUUUGCAGUCAGCUAUAACACAUGAAUGGCUGUCUGUGGGACAGUUGUCCUCUAGUGGAGAGCCUCUAGUAUUAUCUAGUGGCAAAAACCCUUCCGUGAGCAAAAUACUCUUGCCCCUGCAAUUAAAAAACCAUGAGAGCAAUCCACGCUCAAUAAAUUAUGAUCAGGAUGUUUUACAUACUUAUCUCUCAAAUCUUGCAGAAUGCAUCCCAAGGACAAAUCUCAGAAGGACAACGGGAGCCCUCUGGAUCAACAUCAUCAUAAGGCUUGCAGUCCUCACAGCCACAAUUGCAACUACCACUCUUACCGCUCUCCUGUACCCCACCAAAAGGACCACACCCAACUGAUUGGAAACAACUUAUGCUGUUGCUGGGAGUUUAAUUGGACUUUCCCCUUCUUUUGCAUCAACACAGAAAAGGACCUCCUUUAUGCUAUUGUGCAUCAUUCUGUCAUUCAGCCUGCAAAUACAUGCUUGGUGGGUAGGGGCUCCAUCUCCCGGGAUUCUUUUACCUGUUGGUUUGGAUGAUACUGUAUUGCCUUUCUUGUUUGCUACUGAUAUUUCCUUGUGAUGCCCUGUUACAUCUGACCCAAUAGCAAGGCACCCUUGGAAUAUGUCACUCUCACUUGAUCAUUUAUGGGCCUUUACUACAUUAAGAAAUGUGUCUAGGGCACAGAGGUUAUGUCAGUUUUCAGUUUGCCUUCAUAAAGAUAUUCUUUGGGAACCAAGAAUAGGAAGCAUUAUAGGUUUUCGGCUACUCUCCUUAGAAGGAGAAGCAAAAGUAGUCUCUCUCAGUGAUCUGCCUACUGGCAUGCGCCCUCAUGCUAAAGACUCACAUUAUUGGCCCCAACCCUUUCUGCAGCAAUGUCCAUGGAGAAAAUUUAAAGAUAUCAGUGAAGGUAUACCUCUAAGAGCUCUAUCUUGGAGAGACUGUCUCUCCCUUUCCAGACCCUAUCUCAUUUCUGAUGAGCUUAUUAGUUGGUCCAGACCCUAUACAAAAGGUGGACAGAGAAUGGAAUUUUCAAUAGAAACAAAUACAUUAAUAUUUAAAUAUCAUACAGAUUGGAUAACCAAUGCUCAAAAUACAAAAGAAAGACAGACAGGAGACUUUUUGCAAUUAGGCAAACAAUUGUUAUGUGGUGCUUACAAAUGUAUAGAUAUGAGUCUUAUUGUCACCAUGAAUACCAUUAGGUUUAAUGUCUCUUUUGAAAAACCCUCAGCUAAACAUGCUACUAAAGGCCAUGUAUGUGUUAAGCCACCCUUUUUCUUUGUAGCCUCCACUCAGAACCACAAAAGGAUCAUCUUUAUUGUAAUAAUUCCCAAUGUGAGUUAACUGAUUGCUGGAAUUCCUCAGUUAAGACAGUAGUGGUAAUGAGAACACCCCCCAUGUUAUGGUUUCCAACAGAGGAUGACUCCUCCAUUCAAAAGUUUCAUUUUACAAAAGAUAUUUCCCUUCCCAGAGGUAAGCGAGAUUUUGGGAUUACUGCUGCCAUAUGGCUGCCUCCCUUUCUGCGAUUGUAGCAGCUACUGCUGCUGAUGUAGCCUUGACCCAUGCCGCAGUCUGGCUGGGCACAAAAUCACGAGCCACCACACAGCUUGUAGAUUCAAACAGCAACUCUUUAUUCCCGAACUCACACCAGCCGUCUACAAUCAUGUUCUGGGGAAAUCCACGUUCUCUGCCCAAAUCCACCUCCACUGGGCUUCUGUCUCCCAAAAUAUAUUGUCUGAAUCCCAUGAGAACUCAAGGGGAACUCAGGCAGCAGGAUAUGCCCUAUUCCCAGCAGGAAUAAUCUUAAACCUUAAACCUGGAACCUAAACCGGGAACGCCCUAAUCCGCCUUGGUCCUUGAGCAAGGUCACCUACAUUCAAUGUCACUGCAACAUGGGGUACGCUGGCAAGGAAAUUGUCAUACCUACUUGGCUAAUGGCUCCCAGCAGACCCAGUCUACAACAAAUGCUGCAACCAUUAAUCAGGGAGUGCUCCAUCAAAUCCCUGACCACCCAGGAUUGACUAAACCUGCAAUUGCAUAACCUGCUUGCUUACGUAUGAUUGGAAGAUGCAUUCUAUAUCAAUUGUAAUCACUUCUGCAUUAAACGAGCUUGCCUGGAGGUCAACUAAGUUUGUUACCUGCCAGUUCUUAUGAGCUCCAGGUGUCUGUGUGUUGACUCCAUGUCUCUUAAUGUUACAACAACAGAUUGACCUUAUUGAUGAAAAAAUUGAUAGGCUUCAAUUGAAUGUUAGAGUACCCUGCAGUCCUCAAUUUCUGUAUAAUUUUCAAACCCCUGUCUCAAUAAAAAAUGUAACAGAAGCUCUGCUUGAACUAGCAAAUAGACUUAAGGGACCUUGGGAUAUGACUUUUAGAAAUUUCACUAUGAUGCUGCAUGCUCAGAUUCUCAGCCUAAAUGAAACCAGAGCAAAGCUAAUUCUUAACCCCUCAAUCUUACAAUGGCUAUGGGAUAAAUUGUCAGCUUUAAUUGACCCUGCUAAUUGGAUCCUUGCUGGUAUUGGCAUAGUUUUUCUUGUUUUACUAUAUGCUCUUUUAAGAUGGUUCCAAAAAAGGCUCAACAAAGUAGAGAUAAAACAAGGUUCUUGCAUGUAAGGAAAGUCAAAAAGAAAAUAAUGAUUCCCUGGCAUCCGUAUGAGUGGCAGCUAUGGAUCGGAUCUAAGUAGUACCAACUAGGGUUCAGAUUUCUAUGAGGGAUCAUGCCCUGAGUCUUAGCACUGCUCUCCUUUUCAUCUAUCUAUGUCUCUCAGUUCGGUCACAAUAUUACUGUUUGUCUAUGGCCUUUCUCCUUUCUUCCUGAAUGCAGCCUCACCAACCCAGUGCUAUGAGCUGGGCCCUCCAUGGAGAAGAAAUCUGAGUUUCCUGAUCCUAAGGUAAAUGCUAGCAUGGAGGCCACAGGGGCAUUUUCUAUCCAGGAGACAGAGAACCCUCUCUGGGGCAAUGCCUUGCACACUUCACAUCACCCUAUUUGGCCCGGGAAGAUGGCUGGUUAGUCAAUGACGGGUAAGAUUCCUCAAGGGAGGAACAACCUAAGACAGGCACAGCCACAGAGGGGCCAUCAGGAGAAAACUUGGGGACGAACAGAGGUGAAUCACAGAACCUCACCCCCACCAACUGUGCAAAGACCUAAGUCUUCACCCCAUCUGAGAGGGGUCUCCUGCCCCCAUGGCUGCUUUGCUCUUGAUGCCCAGCUCUGAUCGGGACCCAAGAGACAGACAGAGACCUACUCAACAGUGGCUGCCUCACCACAGCAGGAAACAACUGCAGCUACAAGAAAAGGCUAUAUUUAGGUGUUUCUCCUUUCUCUUCCUUGGUUAUUUCCCUUUUUCUGUGCUUUUCCCUUUUUCCUUUCUUCUCUCAGCAUGGUUCUCCUUUGGCAAAAAAUUGAAUAAAAAGGGAGAAAAUGUUGGAAUAACUUUCAGUUUACACCUAGCAGCUAUGAGCAUCUCAGAGUGCUAGGAAAACCCUUGUUUUUACAGACCUGACAGGAACACCUGCAGGACAGGGUGCUCUGCUCUGGCGAACCAUCAGUGAAACCACCUCCUCAGUGCUUGAGGUCAGCGUUGCCAAGCUACAAGGCCAGAAAACUGAGAGUUAGGUGCUUCAGGGCAUGAAAUCCCAGACUCAUAAGGCCCCCUCCCCUAGGGACAAUGAUCCUUCCAGUCUGCCUUCCACCGCAUAGCAAUAUUUAGAGCUUCCUCAUAGUGUGGCUACAUUAAUCAUAAGAUGAUUGGUUUCUAGAUGUUGUAUAACCUGCUUGCUUAUGUAUGAUUGGAAGAUGCGUUCUAUAUCAAUUGUAAUCACUUCUGCAUUAAACCUGCCAGCUCUCACCA